AUGAAGUAAUCAACUAUUCAAAGGUUCUUAACUUCAUCAUAAAAAAAGAAUGAAACAACAAGCUUAAAUGAUAAUAAUGUUUUAAAUUCUAAUAUUAGUGUAGAAGAAAGGAACAUCUAAAAUUAAUACAUAAAUACAGCUGUUAAAAUUAAUAAGGAAGAAGAAAUAAAAGUAAUAAAAGAGAAAUUAAUUCGAAAUUUAUCAGAAAAGCCAUUACUAUUUAAUGGAUUAAAAAGAAAUAACAUUUUAGAAACUGAUGAAAAAUAAGAAAAUAUGAAGUUGAAUUAAAAUGAGUUCAAAAUUAAUAAAUUUUCUUUUAUAGGUUCUUAAGAAAAAAAUAAAGAGAAUAAAUCUUUGUCUGUUUUUAAUAUAUAAGAUAAUACAAAAAAUAUUAUAAAUACAUAAUAAAAGGCUAAAAGGACUGAAUAUGAUAAAUAUGAUAAAAAUGAUAAAUCUGGGAGAACUUUGAAAUAAUCAGCAAAAAUUGAAGAAAAUGAAGAAUAUGAUAAUUUUCAAGAAAAUAUGUAGGGUAAUAUAGAUUUCAAACAUCCAUCAGAUAAAAUAAAUGUUUAUGAAGAGUUUGAAGAUGUUACUCCAAAAUGGGCAUCAAUAGGUUAAUCAAGAGAUAAAAAUGGAAAACUACAUGGAACUUAAGAUGCAGAUCCAACUACACUCUUAAUACCUUAAAAUGAAUUUAUAAAAUUAAGUAAAUGUAUGCAAUAAUUUUGGAAAUAUAAAAGUGAAAAUUUUGAUAAGAUAAUAUUUUUUAAAUUGGGAAAAUUCUAUGAGUUAUUUUAUGAAGAUGCAUACAUAGGAAACAAAUAUUUAGAUUUAAAUUGGAUGGGAAGAAAGAUGUAAUUAAUGAUAUUCUAAUUUAAGGCAUACAGGAUUCCCAGAAAAAGCAGUUCAUAAAUAUAAAGCAAUAUUAUUAGAAUAUGGAUAUAAAGUAGUAAUAGUAGAUUAAACAGAGACUCCAGAAUAAAUGAAUUAAAGAGUAGCUUAAAAUAAGAAAUAUGGGACAGGCAAUACAGAUAAAAUAGUCUAGAGAUAAAUAACAGAAAUUUUGACUAAAGGAACAUAUUUAUACGAGGAGGGAGAAUCAUAAAUGAAUCUGGAUGAAAAGGUUUUACUUGUAAUAAGAAAGAAAAUAUUGUCUAAUACAAUAGAGGAAUAUGGUAUUGCUAUUUUUGAAAGAUAAACAAAUACAAUAUCUCUUGCAUUUUUAGAAAAUCGUGAUAAAAAUUAUGAAACAUUGAAAACUUUAUUACUUCAUAUGAGACCAGUUGAAACAGUAAUAGAUUAAAAUAAUUUACCUUCUUAUGAUCCUAUAACUAAAAUGAUAUCUGGAUCAGUUAUAAAAAGUGUUAUUUCACAUAUAACAGCAUCAAAAGAUAAUUGGGAUGAAAAAAAAGCAUUAUUCAGACUUGAAUAAUAUUAUAAAGCUGAAUUUCCUGCAGCAAUUAAAUUUUAUAAAAAUAAUCAAGUUGUACUAUAAGCUUUAAAUGGAUUGUUUACUUAUUUAAAUUAAAUCUUAAUUUUAGAUCGUAUUUUAGGAUGUGCAAGAUUCAAAUUAUAUGAUGAAGAAUUUUCACUUUAAUAAUGUAUGAUUUUAGAUAGUUAAGCUAUAGUAAAUAUUACCACAAUUAUUUUAGUAUCAUUUAGAAAUUUUAGAAACAUCGGCCUCUGUAGAUAAAAAAGAUUAUUCUCUAUUUGGUGUAAUUAAUAAAACUGUUACUCCUGGUGGCCAUCGUUUAUUAAGAAGAUGGAUUUUUGCACCUCUUUAUUAAAUUGAUCAAAUUAGAGAAAGAUAAACCAUGGUUUCUGAUAUUAGUAAAUUUAGAAAAGAAAGAGAUAUAUUUCGAUAAAAUAUUAAAAGAUUUCUAGACUUUGAUCGAAAAUGUAGUAGAAUUUAUGAAUAUUCUAUCAAAACUGAAAGUAAAGCAAUAUUUUAUGAAAAUUUAUCUGAAUAACGCCUUAAAGAAUUUAAAAAUCUUACAAAAACAUUAAGGCUUGCUUAAGAAGAAAUAAAAUUAUUUGGUUUACUUAAAUUUAACUUUAUAAGUGAAAGGCUAAGAAAAAUGAUGACUUUUGAAGUUGAUGGAGGUUUACUUCCAAAUGUUAAAGAAUAAUUAGAUGAAUUUGAAUAAUUCAUUCUAUGGGAAAAAGAAACACCUAAACCUGUUACAGGAGUAUUAGAAAGUUAUGAUUAAUCAGUUGCAUUAGUUGAAUUGAUUGAAUAGAAACUUGAACAAUAUCUCUAAUAAAUUAAAAAAUAAUUAUUUAAGAACAAUAAAGACAUUUAAUAUGUGCAUACAAAAUUCAGAUAUGAAAUUGAAAUUCCUGAUGAAUUGAUUUAAAAGUCUAAACCUGAAGAUUUUGAGUUUACUUCUUCCAGAUAGGGAUACAAGAGAUAUAUUAAUUAAGAUAUUAAAGAUUUAGUAUUUGAUUUAGAAUAAGCAGAAGAAUUAAAAAAACUAUAAUUGGCUGUUUUUGGUAAUUUUAUAUUCAAGCAUUUUCAUUAAAAUUAACAUGUUUGGGAUUCUUUAAUUAAAAUAUUAAAUGAAUUGGAUGCUUUGUGCUCAUUGAGUGUAUUUGGAGAUACAUCAGAAGUGAGAAUGACAAUGCCAAAAUUCAUAACUGAAAAAACUAAAUUAGUUAUUAAAGAAGGAAGACAUCCAUGUUUAACAAACAUUAAUUUUGUUUCAAAUUCUAUAGAUAUGGGUCAAAAGCUUUGUAAAUUUUAAUUAUUGACUGGCCCUAAUAUGGGAGGUAAGAGUACAAUUUUAAGAAUGGUUUGUGUACUUGCUAUUUUAGCUUAGCUUGGAUGUUCAGUUCCUUGUGAAGAAAUGGAACUUUCUCCAAUAGAUAGAAUUUUUACAAGAAUUGGUGCCAAAGAUUAUUUAAUGGAAGGAAAAUCAACAUUUUAUGUUGAAUUAGAAGAAACAUUAAUACCAUUAAAAUAUGGUACCAAAAAUUCAUUAUUUAUUACUGAUGAACUUGGAAGAGGAACUUCAACAUAUGAUGGAGUAGCUAUUGCAUCUGCUGUUAUGCAUUAUCUUAUUAAGACAAUAUAAUGUAGAGUUUUAUUUGCAACUCAUUUUAGAAUAUUAGUUGAAGAGGCUAAAUUAAUAAGAGAUGUAACAAAUGUUCAUAUGGCUUGUUAUAUUUAAAAUGGUUAAGUCAUUUUUCUUUUUAGAUUAAAGGAAGGAGCAUGUGAAGCUUCUUUUGGAAUAAAUGUUGCUAAAGUUGUUGGAAUUUAGAAUUCAAUUAUAUCAAAAGCUGAAGAAAUGGCAAACUUUUUUGAAAAUAAAGUUUAAAAAAAUAGUGAACAAACACUACAGAAAUUUAAUUAAAUAAUAAAGGAAUAUGGAAUUAUUUAAGAAGGUUGA